GGCAUUUGUUGCCUUUAUUUCUCGGCGUGUCUUGACGUAAGCGGGCUUGCGCAACGUGAGCGCGCACGUCGACGCGUGUCAGACCCAUUCAGUCUCAAGCGAACGAAACAGAAACAAGACGAUCUCGCACUCGUAGGCUGUCACGCGGCUAGGAAGCGGGACAGCCAUGGCCGCCCUUAGCAAGAUAACGCACAACUGCUACGAAGUCGGCCAUACCUGGAACCCGUCGUGCGUGCAGUCCUGUGUUGACAUAACGAGGGGCGCCCUGGAGGUGUCCUUCAAAAUAUAUGCCCCCCUUUACGUGAUAGCAGCUAUUCUUAGGAGAAGGAAGAAAGAUUACUACAUCAAAAGGCUUCUUCCCGAGAUUUUACAGUCUACCUCUUUCCUCACUGCCAAUGGAGGUCUCUAUAUAUUCUUCUUCUGUAUUCUCAGGAAACUGCUGGGAGGGUUUUAUUCCUGGUCCGCUGGGUUUGGCUCAGCCCUGCCCGCCUCCUAUAUUGCUAUUCUCCUGGAGCGCAAGAGCAGGAGAGGACUUCUCACAAUAUACAUGACAAAUCUCGCAACAGAGACCUUGUUUCGCAUGGCUCUGACGCGGGGCCUCAUCAAACCUAUCAAACAUGGAGAGGUGCUCCUCUUCUGCAUAACUGCAUCCCUCUACAUGUUCUUCUUCAGGAGUAAAGAUAGCCUUAAAGGCUUUGCGUUCUCCGCAUUAAAAUUCAUCGUCGGCAAGGAAGAGAUCCCAUCUCAUUCUGUUCAGCCCGAACAGGUCGCCGGAAUCCUGCAAGAGGCGUUGGCCACCUCAGAGACUGAGCCUUCGCAUAUAUCAGCAUUACAGCACGACUGGAGGAGCAGAUCUUUGCCAGCCUACACCAGGGGAUUGCUGGACUCAUUAUGCAAACAAGGUCCAAAACACAGAUGUUGUAAACAUUAUCAUGACAACUGCAUUUCGUACUGCAUUAAAGGUUUUGUCAGGAUGUUCAGUGUUGGCUACUUGAUUCAGUGCUGCCUUAAAGUACCCUCGGCGUUCCGGUACAUCUUCUCAAAACCUUCACAGCUCCCCUCCCUCUUCUACAAUAAGGACAACUUCCAGCUCGGGGCCUUUUUGGGCUCUUUUGUCAGCAUCUACAAGGGAGCAAGCUGCUUGCUUCGUUGGCUGCGGGAUAUUGAUGAUGAGCUCCAUGCUUUGGUGGCUGGCUUCCUGGCGGGAAUCUCCAUGUUCCUCUACAAGAGCACGUCCAUAUCCAUGUAUCUCUUCUCUAAGCUCGUGGAGACCUUGUACUUCAAGGGCAUCGAGGCCGGCCACUUCCCUUACUUCCCGCAAGCGGACACGUAUCUCUACGCCAUCUCUACCGCAAUUUGUUUUCAAGCUGCUGUGAUGGAGGUGCAAAAUGUUCGACCUGCUUACUGGAAGUUUCUUCUGCGUCUCACUAAGGGCAGGUUUGGGCUAAUGAACAGACAGCUGCUGGAUGUUUUUGGCACUCAGGCCUCCAGGGACUUUCAGGGUUUUGUGCCCCAACUGGACCCACGCUAUGUUUCGGUGCCCAGCCAAACAAUGCUUCCACUAGGGGGCGACGUUCAACUAGGAUGAAGUGGAAGUAGAAUAUUGGAUUUUAGUGAUCAAAUAUGGUGAUCUUUUGCUAACGGGUCUGUUAUUUGGAUGAUGUCUUGACCAGUCUGUUUCGGGUGUAUGCCAUUGCAUGAAGUGGCAGGGAGCUGUCCAGAUGUUUUUAAUGCACAUGGCAGCCUUCUGCUACUCUAUAAGCUAAAGAAAAGCUGCAGUCACCAUUUAUGUAUUUUUCACAUAAAAUGGCCAUCUACGCUGUAGCAUUCCAUCACUCACAUCUUUCUUUCCUAGGUUCACGUGUCCUUACCAAGCCAUGUUUGGUUGUUAGAAUGGUUGCUUUAACAGUGAAAUUAAUGUCUGUUGUAGUUAUUUGAUAAGAUUUGGUUUGAACCAGAGAUAAUACAUCAGCUAUGUCAAACGUUUUCUAUAGAGCUCGUGCACAUGACGUCACAGUUUGCACGGCGCCAUAUUGCCGGUCAAACCUGGGAGUGCGGGAGUCGUUGAACCACAGCAGAUUUUUCAAAUUGCCCGAGACCUGUUGUGCUGUUGGUUGUCAUAAUAAAUGAGACAGUUCGUCAAAGAUAUCAUUCUAUAGAACACCAUCAGAAAAGACGAGAAAAAAAUCGAUGGAUUUCGGCAAUCAAACGCGAUGGAUGGUGCCCAACGAAAUACGCCUGUUUAGCGAUCAUUUCAUUUCAGGUAGGAAUUAUUCUUCUCAAUCUCAAAUUGUCAAGAAGUAUUUAUGACAAGUUGGCUCAUUUGAGAACAAUGCGUUAAAAAAAAAAAAACGGCCACAGAGAGUUUUACGGAGGUAAGCGUGUUAUAGCAAUACACUUCUGUGUACGGAGGCAAAAUUUUUUUUUCCUAAUCAUUGUUAAUGAAUGCGAGGUUGUGUAAAACCAGGGGUCAUUUAAUUAAAUAUUUGUAUUUGUAUUGAAAAAAUCUGAGUGGGUCCAUCACUUUGUGGGAUUUAUUCCUGAUUGAGAACAAAUCCAGCAACGAAGUAUUUGUAUGCUUCCAGACUUUUGUACGCUUUCAAACUUUUCCGUAUAAAUGUCGACGACUUACUCACCAGGUAUAAAUGUGUAGAUCCAGACGUCCAAGACAAGCUGAAGCGAAUUAACAGUCCACUUUCUUAUCGGUGAAAACUCAAAAUUUUCCACGUACCUUUGUUGAUUUAUCACCUUCAAAAUGUGUAACAGUAUCAGACAAAACUGGGUGUCGUGCAAUAAGACAUAUUUUUGUUUCGUCUCAACAGCAUUAACUUGUGACGAUGCUUCGUUUGACCAGCAAUAUGGUGACGUAAACAAAAAUCACACGAUUUUUAUGACGUAGGUGCACCAGCUCUAUUGGGGGAAAUCUUUCACAACUGAACUGUGAACCACAGAAUAUAAUACAUAAUAAAUUACUCUGUUAUUGUUGAAUUUUGAUUAUCAAAAGUAGAUUGAAGAUUGUUUUUUUAAUAUUGAUCUUAUAACUGAAAUUAAGACCAGUUCAAAUAGUUCAAUUGUUUGAAUUCCCAGCACAGUUUAAUGGUUGUAUAAAAUGUUUACUAUCUGUGUAUAACAAUUUUUUUACAUUUACAUUCAUUUGGUUGUGCUUUAUAUAGCUGCAGGAAAGAUGUAACUCACUAACCCAUUCACAGCUUGGUUAUCAUCUCUUAAUAGUGUAUGGCAAAAACCUUAUAACAUUUAAAGCUACUUUCCAAACAUGUUUUACACAGUUGAAUUUUAUUUUAUGAUUUAUUCUGAAGUGGACCUUGGUUGGUCAUGUAUAAUUGAUCAGGUUGUAAAAUUCCAGUUUGUUUUCAAACAUUUUGCAUCUCGCACUCCAAGACAGCUUUUGACACGUGACCUCUGUUAGAUAAUCCAUGUUUGAAAAGAUGAAAACACUACUCGUCAUCCUCGUGAGGAUAAGCGGAAUGAAAGAUGAAUGAGUGAAUGAAAACUAACAAAAUCUGUUACGUAUUACACGGAUGCAAUUGUCAGCAAGUGAUUUUUGCUUUAUGUGAUGAUGAAGUAUUAAAAUAUUUUUUGAUUCAUA